CUAGUGUACGCUCUCAUCUAAAAAUGGCCGCCAAAUCUUUGGAAGCCUGCCGUUCCGUCUCGCCUAUCCCUCUUAUUCCAGGCGGUGGUACGUACCGUGCUGGCCAAGCAGCUUUUGGAUACAUGUGUCGUGGUAAUCAAAUGUUUGGUGAUCGAAUGUUUGCUCGAACUAAAAUGUGGCGACGCUGGCACCGCCAAGCUAAGGCCAGUAUGAAAAGAAAUGCCGCCGUAGCCGCCGCUCGUCCUUUGAUCUCCGUCCAGUGGUGGUACAUACCGUGCUGGUCAAGCAGCUUAUGGAAACAUGUGUCGGGUGGACGAAUGUUUGCUCCAACUAAAAUCUGGAGACGGUUGCACUGCCGUGUUAAUGUCAAUAUAAAGAGACACGCCAUGGUUUCGGCAAUCGCUGCUACCGCAGUUCCGUCUCUAGUAAUGGCUCGUGGUCACAAGAUUGAGAAUGUUCCAGAGUUCCCGCUUGUAGUUAGUGAUUCGAUUGAAUCCGUUGAGGAAACUUCUGAGGCGGUUAAGGUUUUGAAGCGGAUUGGUGCUUUCGCGGAUGCAGAGAAAGCGAAAGAUAGUGUUGGAGUUCAUUCUGGUAAAGGUAAAAUAAGGAGUCGUCGUUACAUUUCUAGGAAAGGUCCAUUGAUUGUUUAUAAAACUAAAGGAUCGUUUGUGAUUUGGACUAAGUCUGCAUUUGAGAAGCUUGAGUCUAUUUACGGUUCGUUUGAGAAGUUAUCGAAGAAGAAGAAAGGAUAUGUUUUGCCGCGGCCGAAGAUGUUGAAUGCUGAUUUUGCUAGGAUUAUAAACUCUGAUGAGUUUCAGAGUGUGACCGCGAAGAGGAUGUCUUUGUUGGCUGAAGCUCAGAGAGUGAAAGCAAAGAAGGAGAAGCUUGAGAAGAAGAGGAAACCCAUUUCUAAGGAGGAAGCAAUGAAGAUGGGAGCAGCAGGGAAGUCAUGGUACAAGACCAUGAUGUCUGACAGUGACAACACCGAGUUUGACAACUUCUCUAAGUGGCUCGGUUCGAGUCAAUGAUUCUCUCGACUGUUGUAUCUUUAGAGUAACUCUUAAUCUACAGAAACAGUAAUUUUAUUUAUCUUAUUUGUUACCAUUAAUUUAUUGUCUUUCGACAUUAGCAAACAAAGUUAUAUAAGUAGA